CCCUGGCUGCCCUGGGCAGUAGGCGCCCAGGACGCAGGGUGGGAGCCGGCGAGGGUUCAGCACUGACAGUGGUCUGUGGUCUGCGCGAUGUGUGGACGGUAACUUCCAGGUCUUUAGAAAGGAGGAGAAGAUGAAGGAAGAUUGUCCACAUAGUUCUUAUGUGCCCAUCAGUGACAGCAAAUCCAUUCUAAAGUCGGAGCUAUUAACCCUGCUAAAAACCUACAACUGCUACCAUGAGGGCAGAAGUUUUCAGCUGAGACACCGAGAGGAAGAAGGGGCUCUGGUCAUCGAGGGGCUCCUCAACAUUGCCUGGGGACUGAAGCGGCCCAUCCGGCUCCAGAUACAGGACGACAGGGAGCCAGUACACCUCUCCUCAGCAUCGUGGGUGCCUGGACAGUCCAGCUGCCACCUAAACGAGCCACCUCUUCAGGAUGGCAGGGUCCCUGCCCAGAGGCCAAGCAUUCAGCCCUCUGAGCACAGGGCUGAGAGUUCCAGAGACAGCUCAGAGCCCCUGGAGGAGGACAAGGAGAUCCCACAGUUGAUGCGUACCAAGAGCGAUGCAGCCUGUGUGAUCCAGAGGAGGCCCAGGUGCCGCACUCCUGGCGAGACCCAGAGGAUCCGGCGACACCGGUUCUCUAUCAAUGGGCACUUUUAUAACCACAAGGCACCAGUGUUUCCAGAGCCCCAGCUCGCCUGCUGCUCCACUUUCCUCAGCACCAUCUUGCUGACAGUGCCCAGACCUGGAGUGAUAUCAGCCCUGUGUCCCCUCUGGUCCUGCCUUGAACUUUCCCCCUUCCCUGUACAGACUUCUGUGUUUACUCCUGCGUAUGGGUCCGUGACCAAUGUGAGGGUCAACAGCACCAUGACUACCCUGCAGGUGCUCACCCUGCUGCUGAACAAGUUCCGAGUGGAAAAUAGCCCCAGUGAAUUUGCCCUCUACAUUGUUCAUGAAUCUGGAGAACGUACAAAAUUAAAAGACUGUGAGUACCCGCUGAUUUCCAGAAUCCUUCAUGGGCCAUGUGAGAAAAUCGCCAGGAUAUUUCUGAUGGAAGCCGACUUGGGCGAGGAAGUUCCACAUGAUGUUGCUCAGUACAUUAAGUUUGAAAUGCCGGUGCUGGACAGUUUUGUUGAAAAAUUAAAAGAAGAGGAGCAAAGAGAAAUAAUCAAACUGACCAUGAAGUUCCAAGCCCUGCGUCUGACGAUGCUUCAGCGCCUGGAGCAACUGGUGGAGGCCAAGUAAACAGCCAGCGCCUGCCUCUUCCAAAGCUACCAGCAGAGAGUGCAUACUGAAUGCCAGUGACCAGGCCCUGAUUGAUGGCCACCACCUGAGGAAUCCUGCACCCAUGCUUCCACCUGCCUACCUGUCUAAGUAGGUCCUACAUAAGUCCUACACCCCUGGCUCUUGGCUCCAUGGUGAAUGCUCACAGGACCCAGACACAGACAUGAGUUGCAAGAACUUGCUGGGUGGGAUUCUGGGCAGUAAACAGCCGGACUCUGGCACUAGCCACAUUAUGUGCCUAGGUGGCGUGACUAGUUCUGUUCAUGCCACACCUCUCCUGAUUAGCAGAGCAGUAACCUACUCAAGCCCCUGGAGCACAGAUGGGCUCCAUCUGUUUUUUCUAGUGCCUGGCUUAGAGCUCCUGCAGGGCCACAGUCCCUGUCCUCAUGGUCCACAUGAACCACGGGAUCCCUGACUGUCGUCACUUCAUGCUGCCAUGCAGGACCUCUGCUGGGAAAAACAGGCUGUCUACAGAUAUGGAAUGUGUCCUGCUCCCAGCCAUCACUUCACCGUGGCCUCCAAGCCUCUGAUGUCACCCAUGAGCCUCGACCAGACCAGUAAUGAGACCAUGAGUGUCUUAUCUUUUCUCUGCAGCACUAACUCUGAACUUCUUCAGCAAGACCAGAAGAUAAAUGCAAAAAAAGCAUGCCAAUUUGAUCACUUGCAGGAGGUGGCCCACAUGGUAUUGGAAGUACGACACCCUGCAUGAGCAAGAGUCCAGGGUCCAGCGGCUGCCUGGCAGCAGCUCGAGAAAGCAGUGAUCAGUCCCCGUGUCCACUGCCCCUCUCUGGGCUGUGCCCCUCUGUUCUCAGUACUUCCCACCAAAGGGGUGCGAUGAGGAGAAAUGUCAGCUUGAGGAGAAAGGGCUUUGAAUUCCCUGGGGCCAAAUACUGAACAAUUUGGGUUUGUCAGCUGAUGGAGAAUUUCUAAAACAAAGAAGUCCUUUGCAAAAUUAUGCAACAGAUUACAUCAGUCAUGGCUGUUUGUCAGCAAGCUGAAGACCAAAUUCUUUUUCCCCUACAGCUUGUGGAUAGCAGACUUAAAGGGGAAGAACCAAAAUGGCUUCCAGUAUGGGUAGGAUUCCAUCUCAGCUUCCAGCAGUGACUCCUCACUGGCACCCAUAAAGAACAGAGCUUGGGGCCUGCCAUGCUGUAUAGACCCACUGUUCAGGGUAAGCUCUAGGCAGGGUGUGUCCCACCAUCUUCAUUGUCACAGAGGCACAAGAGAGGUGUGAGGUGGCCCUGCUGCAGUUUCUGUUGUCUGCCUUCCUAUGACAGCACAAUUUCCUAGGUGCUCAAUAAAGCUAUGC